GCAAGGCGGAAGCAGGAAUCGUUCUGGCUGUCCCGCUCAGGCUGCCGUCCUUCGCUACCGGAAGCGGGCAGCUGGCCGCUUGUGGCUGAGCUGGGGGCAGCGGCCAUGAGCAAAAGGAACCAGGUCUCCUACGUGCGGCCGGCCGAGCCCGCUUUCCUCAGCCGCUUUAAGCGGCAGGUCGGGUAUCGGGAGGGGCCCACGGUGGAAACCAAGAGAGAGCAGCUUCCACUUGCGGACAGUGAUUCUGAUAAUGGCAGUGAUAAUGAAGAUGAGCAGCCUCAAGUGGUAACGCUGAAAAAAGGGGACUUGACUGCUGAAGAAGCAAUGAAAAUUAAACAGCAAAUCAAAGAGGCCUUGAAGUCAAGUGAACAAGAUGGUGAAUCAGAAUCUGCUGAUGGAAAAAUUAUGUUCAGAAAGCCAGCCAAACGUUCAUCAGAGAAGGUUUUGGACUUCAAUGUAAGUUCAAGUAAGAAGAUGAAAAAGAAAACUGACAGAGAAGCAACUACUUCUCAAAGUACAGCCAAGCAAGUGAAAAACAGCAGUCUUCUCUCAUUUGAUGAUGAGGAAAAUGAUGAUUAGGAGCUGUAUAUGUUUAGUUAUCCUUUUUGGGAUUAGAAGAAGAGUGUGGAUUUUCUUAGAAAUUUAAACAUGAUAUUUGAAUCUUUUCUUACUUUGUUAUCGUUCAUCUAGAGAAACAUGGCAUGAGCAAAACUGAGCUCAGACUUCUCAGUUCAGAUGGAACUGCAGGAAUAGUAUCUCACAUCUGUAUUUUUAAAAAAGAGUUUAAACAAAUGUGUCAAAGCUAUUUGAGAUGAGUAGCUAAAUGAAUAGCAAAAUAUACCUGUAUAUAUCCAGCUUAAAUGUAUUUUUAGUCAGUUCAUUUUAAAAUGUCCUUCAUUAGUAGAAUUUUGUUUCCCCUCUAUCAGUUGGGCUUAAUUGGGAGUUGUGUACUUUUUUUACUUAUUAUUGUCUUAACAUUCAAAAGAGAGAGACUUCAUUGCUGUGGAACAGAAAUUGAUGUAUUUUGCCUCGUAUGUUAACAAAAGCUUGCACUAAAUUUUGCACGUAUGGUUUGUCAGAUAAACUCUUUGUGAGCUCUCUUGCAGUAAGCAAGCCUGCAGUUUCUAAAAUCAUGUAGUCUUAAUGCUGUCUGCACUGAAUGCAGUCCAAGAGGCAUCAAAUUAAUUUGAAUUAAUUGUGCUGGCAAGAUAUGAAAAAUUGUGAUUGUAUCAACUAGUGCAAAAGAAAGAUGCCUAAACCCUUUGAAAUCAUACACUUUGGUUACUAUUCUGAUGUGUGAAGGUGGUGUGUUUUUUUGGAAGUACAGUCUAUUUAGCUACAUAUGUAUUUGUAAUUUUGGGGGACAUCAGUUUGUUCUUGAAAAGCAUUUCAUCUUUAAUCUGUGGAAAAAGUAUUUUAAUUUUGUUUGAAUAGGAAAUUGUAAACAGAAAAGCUAAGUCAAGAAAUGCUAUGGCUGUUUUAAAAUGUUUCAACUGACCGUGUAUGGUGCACUGAAAAUGACCAUUCCUGUACUAUUUAUGUUAUGGGAUGUACCAGAAUUAAAUAACUGCUGAUGGGAUUGGGAAGCACCAGGAGGUAGAAACAAGACUGAUUGGUCUGAAAUGUCUUGAAUACAUUGUGUGUUAUGUAGCCAUAUGUAAGGAAGACUGAGACUGCUGCGAAAUUACAGGGUAUGAAGCAAUGAAACCGGUUCUUGUGCUGCAUGACAGGUCAUUUGAAGUUAUUUGGGCUGUAAAGCUUCAUUGAGGAGCAGAUUUGAAGUUGCUGUGUGAAACAGCUGUUUUGAGUUUGUUAAUUUGGUAUUAAACAAUAAAUUAUGUUUUCUGAAA